AUGACAGACAUCAUUCCUUAUAAACCUAAUAAUGAAUAUAUGGAAAAUGUCAGAAAAUUGUUAUUUGAAAACAACAUUAAGUUCUUCUUCUAUUUGAACAAUACUUAUUGGGAAGAAUCAACGACAACAGCAACAGAGAUUUCCUAUAUCAUUUCAAAUCAUGUUGGCAAACUAUUAGACAUGGAUAGCGAUGAUGCGGGAGUUGCAAACGGUCCUGAUUCAUUGAUCAUAAGAAAUAACAAUAACUAUCCAACAACAGCGAUGAAUGAAGCUCUUAAAUCAAUGAUCAAUUAUUUGAUUGCUCUCAAUGAGGACUAUCAGAAAAUAUUCAUGAUCAUUAUGAUAGUCAUUAUUUGUAUCAAUGUCAUUGUUUAUCCUAUUGUUUACUUCACACAAAUAAAAAAGUUAAGAGAGAACAGAUAUGAAGUUUUACAGUUAAUGACAACUUUACCUAAAACUGUAAUAUCAGGAAUUUCUGCUUCUCUUAACAAAAUUAAAGAUGAAAAGACAGCAACACAAACAAUGACAAUAACAAACACAUCAUCAAAUCCAAAUUAUGAGCAAAACAGACAAGAAGAAAGCAUCAUUAAAUUGUUUACUUCUAUUUCAGAUGGAACAUCAAAAGCAUCAAUAGAAACAAGCAUUUUGAUUUUGAUGAUAAUUAUUGUUGCUUUAUCUUGUGUCAGCUAUUAUCUUGGAAUGAACUGUUUCAUGGUUUCUUCCAAUAAUUUGGUAUUUAACUGUCAUCAUAUUAACUAUUUGUUUGGAUCAGUUACUUAUUUAUUUGGUGUUUGUGCAAGAAUUUUCAAAGUUUCAUUAGCAACUUGUGAUGAAUCAUUUAAAGAAUCAAUAUUAAGUAUUGAUGAUGAAAUCCAAAAUAUUCAAAGAAUUUUGCCAUAUUUAGUUAACUAUUUCCAGUUCAUUCGUCUUGGAGGUGAAGAUAGAAGAGAAGUUCCAUUCUCUGAAAUGAGUACUACAAUCAAUACUGCUUCAGAUUUAUUGACAUGCACUGUUGGAUUAACUCCUCCUAAGACAGUUAUGGAAAGUGUUCAUUGUUUAACUUCUGCAAUGCAAUUUAUUGUUUCAACUGGAUUAAUGAAGAAAUUCUAUAACAAUAUGCUAUAUAGUAUCUAUCCAGAUCCUAGAGAUGUCUCAUUGCAGCAAUUAUGGCAAAUAGGACCCAUUGAAUUAUAUCAAACAUUUUCUAUCCAGCAGAAGAAAAAUUAA